AUGCAAAGCACCGGCACUUUAAGUUUCAUCUUCCUAAAGAUUUCCCCCAACCGAGGUAACAUUCGCUUUGGAAGGCGUGGGAAGUUGAGUCCACGAUAUGUGGGACCUUUCGACGUACUAGAGAGAGUUGGAGAAGUGGCGUAUCGACUUGCAUUACCACCCGCAUUGGCUGGAGUGCAUGACGUAUUCCACAUUUCUCAGUUGCGGAGAUAUGUCGGAGAUCCGAGUCAUAUCGUAGAUUUCUCAGAGAUUGAGGUGCGACCUGAUUUGACAUACGAGAAGCAGACUGUGGUGAUUUUAGACCGAAGAGAGAAGACUCUCCGGAACAAGACCGUCACGCUCAUUCGUGUGAUGUGGCACCCAGAUUCUCCUGGCGAGUCGACUUGGGAGACUGAGUCUGAAAUGUGA